AUCUUUUCACAAAAGGUCGCGGCCAUGGCAGCGGCAAUCUGUCGCGAGCUUGUCGCGCUCCUCUUGAGCAACCUCGCAGCGCUCUUGUCGAUCGUAGCCAUCUCGAUGCCCACAUGGUCGACGUCCGCGCUCAGCCCGUCCACGCCCAAGGCGGCCUUCACGGCUGGCGUCUGGGGCCUCUGCUUCCACACCGCCAAUGAGCCCGCGCUCAACAACUGCUUUGGGUACAACCGUGCGAUCGAUUACAACAUCACGCUCGCCAAGGUCCAAGGCGUGUGCGAAAUGUACAGCACCUCGACGCUCCUGUCGACGACCGCGGGCAUCCCCAAUGAGGCGUUCACACGCUUCAUGGACAACGUGUGUGGCAGCCAUGGCACGGCGGCGCUCGUGCUUGCCGGGUUUGGUGUUGCCUGCGGCCUUCUCGCCGCCCUCGCCCUCGUGCUGCACGUCACGAUCUGCAAGCGCAAGCUUCGCUCGCUGCCCCGCGUAGCGCUGUGGAGCUUGGGCUUGAGCUGUGUCUUUGGCAUUGCGGCAUUAGGUACGUGGGCGGCGAUCGCCGGUGGCCUCGCCGGCUCGGGUGUCGCGUUCGGCGCGUCCUUUCUUCUGCAAGUGUUUGCCGUCGCGCUUGGCGCCGUCGCGUUGGGUAUGCUGGCGUGGCACACGUCGCCGCCACAGGACUUUUCGCAGCUGCUCAAGUGACGGCGCGCCUUUGCAGCGCCGCGAUGGCAUCCCACGCUGCUUCUCCAAGGAGAUCCCUCGUCGACGUCAAGGGGUCGUCGUGGACUAAAAUCACCACCCUUUACCGCAUUAGCCACAUCUUGUUUGCGUGCAUCAAAGGGUAUUAUUGCGUGC